AUGGCUGCUCGCUCUUUAUUCCAUUGUGCUGCUUCGCGGGCCAUUCCAGUUCCACUGUGCUAUGAAAAUGGUCACUUAUAUUCACAUGGAAAAUCGGAGGAUGAGCACGGCCAUACAACAGUUACAUGUCCCGCAUCCGAUGAAAAAAUUGAAACUCAAGGGGAGUUUGUCGAGGAAGACUCUGAAAUAACUUCGUGGUUGGAAUCAUAUGAAGUGCAAGACUGGAUUUCCUGUGUUUGGGGAACAACUCAAGAUGCAAUGACUUGUCAAAUAAUUGUUGGUGCUGCAUUAGCUGUCUGGUAUCCUAGCCUUGUCAAACGAAGACUUCCGGCUGUGGUGGUUCAUCGUCUGGUGAAAUUGGUAAUGGCUAUGAAUGACAAGUAUAGUGCUGCAGCAGCUGAGAUUUUAGCUGAAGGUAUGGAGAGCACAUGGAGGGCGUGCCUUGUUUCCGAAAUACCUCAUUUGAUAGGGGACAUAUUCUUUCAAGUGGAGUGUGUCAGUAGUAAAUCAUCGAUUAAUGCAUAUGGCCAGAAUCCGGUUGCGUCUCUUAGCAUACGGGACACUUUAGUUGGAAUACUACUUCCGAGUUUAGCAAUGGCUGACAUACCUGGAUAUCUGCACGUGAUAGAAAGCCAAAUCUGGUCAACUGCUUCUGAUUCACCAGUUCACGUGGUGGCACUCAUGACUCUGAUCAGGGUUGUUCGUGGCUGUCCAAGAAAUUUAGCUCCAUAUCUUGAUAAGGUGGUCAUUUUUAUAUUACAGACAAUGGAUCCCGGUAAUUUAACCAUGCGCAGAAACUGUCUCCAAAGUUCUAUGACAGCACUGAAAGAAGUUGUACGUGUAUUUCCUAUGAUAGCUUUAAAUGAUGCAUCAACCCGUCUGGCAGUUGGGGAUGCAAUUGGAGAGAUUAAUAAUGCUUCUAUUCGGGUGUAUGACAUGCAAAGCAUGACCAAGGUAAAGGUCUUGGAUGCCAGCGGACCUCCUGGACUUCCAAAUUUACUUGGAGGAACCAUAGAAAAGGCUAUAACCACUGCAAUAUCUGCUUUAAGUUUCUCACCAGAUGGAGAGGGACUGGUUGCUUUUUCGGAAUGUGGGUUGAUGAUCAGAUGGUGGUCACUGGGAUCUGUGUGGUGGGAGAAACUUAGUCGAAAUCUUGUUCCCGUUCAGUGCACCAAGGUGAUAUUUUUACCCCCAUGGGAAGGAUUUUCACCUACUUCCACUCGGUCCAGCAUUAUGGCUACUAUGCUCCAUGAUGAUGAACGAGCCAAUUCACCGGGAAACAACAAAGCCGCGAGUGAAAUGGACAGGCUAAAGCUCUUGAUACACAAUCUUGACCUGUCUUACAGGCUCGAGUGGGUUGGGGACAGAAAAGUAAAGCUCUCUCAGCACUCCAAUGAGUUAGGCACCUUCCAGCUAUAA